GUCUGUUUCACAACCCAGGAGCGUUGGUUCCUGCCCACCUAAAGUAAGGUACCGACUGAUUCAUAUAGACCGUUCAGUUUACUCCGAGCCUUUCUGUACAGCUUAGCUUGGUCACGACAUGUUCUUCGUGGGCGAAGAGGAGAUUGCUGCUCUAUAUAUAUAUGUAUCUCUGUGUGUGUGUUGGGGGUGUGUGUGCUAACAUCCUCGGGUCCGUCGAAGCAUGGGAAAUCCGCUCGAAGCACCACCUUCUUCGCAUUCUUCUCCGCGUGGAAACCGGACCGGCCUCACAUGGUGUUGUGGGUGUCUGUCUCAACUGGCAAGUCUCUUCCAAAGGUGAUGGAUUGUUACUAUAUCCGCUUUCGCCCCUCGCUCCCUCAUUAACAUCACUUAGUACUACCAAUGUGUUGUUUUGCAUGUCUUGUUCAGUAACUAGUAAUCCACUGUUGCAAGGAGGCUGGGAAGAAACGCCACCGCUAGCCAAGUAAGCUGUAGAGUAGAUGCUGAGGCAGGUCAAGUUUUAC